CUGUAUUAGCUUAAUUUCGUAGACUUUAGUAAACUACGUGACCUUCAAUUGUGAACACAGGGAACAAACACUUUGACCCCAAGUUCUUCCUGCUUUCAUCGUGCAAAACAUUCCUGCCGCCGAAAUAACACGGCUCGGUAUAUCUUAGACGUGCGUGACGCUCGGUGCCGGCAAGCUCAGACACGGUCUCGCCGGGCGGACUAAACUCGAAGUAGAGGACGACAUUGCGGCCCAUUUCACGGAGCAGAACGGCUUAGAGGAGUUUAGCUCAGACGCACCUAGGCGGCUACGGCCCGACACUCUCCACUCGCCUCAGGCAGUGCGGCUAGCCCUAUGUGCAGACACCAGUUCAGUCGCUGCUGACGGACGGACACCAGCGGCGCUCCUUGCCGCACAUGCCGCGGCGGCCAAAGGCCAGCGCCGUGGCUGCAGCGCGGCAGGCGCGAUGCUCUGGCGGGGCAUCCCGUCCGCGGCGGCGGACGUGGUGGCUGUUAGCGCUGGUACUGAUGCUGGCCAUUCUUUGUAUCGCGCAGCCCGCCGGCGGUCAACCUCCGUCGCCUGAACCACCGUCGCCGGAGCCGCCCUCGCCGGCACCUCCAUCGCCGGAGCCACCCUCACCGGCACCUCCAUCGCCGGAGCCACCGUCGCCGGCACCCCCAUCGCCGGAGCCGCCCUCACCGGCACCCCCAUCGCCGGCGCCUCCGUCGCCGGCGCCACCAUCGCCUCCACCCUCGCCGGAGCCACCCUCGCCGGCACCUCCAUCGCCGGAACCGCCGUCACCGGCACCCCCGUCGCCGGAACCGCCCUCACCGGCACCACCCUCGCCGGCGCCUCCGUCGCCGGCGCCACCGUCGCCUCCUCCUUCGCCGGAGCCACCCUCGCCGGCACCCCCAUCGCCGGCACCACCCUCACCGGCACCCCCGUCGCCGGAACCGCCCUCACCGGCACCACCCUCGCCGGCACCUCCAUCGCCGGCGCCGCCGUCGCCUCCUCCUUCGCCGGAGCCGCCCUCGCCGGCACCUCCAUCGCCGGAGCCACCCUCGCCGGCACCUCCAUCGCCGGAGCCACCCUCACCGGCACCACCCUCGCCGGCGCCUCCGUCGCCGGCGCCGCCGUCGCCUCCUCCUUCGCCGGAGCCACCCUCACCGGAGCCACCCUCGCCGGAGCCACCCUCGCCGGCACCUCAAUCGCCGGAACCGCCCUCACCGGCACCACCCUCGCCGGCGCCUCCGUCGCCGUCGCCACCUUCGCCUCCUCCUUCGCCGGAGCCGCCCUCGCCGGCACCUCCAUCCCCGGAGCCACCGUCACCGGCACCCCCAUCGCCGGAGCCGCCCUCACCGGCACCCCCGUCGCCGGCGCCGCCCUCACCGGCACCACCCUCGCCGACGCCUCCUUCGCCGGAGCCGCCAUCACCGGCGCCCCCAUCGCCGGAACCGCCCUCACCGGCACCCCCGUCGCCGGCACCGCCCUCACCGGCACCCCCGUCGCCGGAACCGCCCUCACCGGCGCCGCCGUCGCCUCCACCCUCGCCAGAGCCACCCUCGCCGGCGCCCCCAUCGCCGGAACCGCCCUCACCGGCGCCCCCGUCGCCGGCACCGCCCUCACCGGCACCGCCCUCGCCGGCGCCUCCGUCACCGUCGCCACCUUCGCCUCCUCCCUCGCCGGAGCCACCGUCACCGGAGCCCCCAUCGCCGGAGCCACCCUCACCGGCACCGCCCUCGCCAGCGCCUCCGUCGCCGGUACCGCCCUCGCCGGAGCCUCCAUCGCCGGAGCCGCCUUCGCCGCCCCCCUCGCCGGCGCCGCCGUCGCCACUGCCGCCGUCUCCGGCGCCGCCAGCAUACUCAGCAACGGGUAUCUACGGUGACUCGCCGUGGUUUACCACUCGGAACGGGUUUCGGUGGGCCCUCUUCAAGGAUGCAGCGACGUUCUCGGCCGCGGAGGAGGCGUGUCGCGACCUGGGUGGCUACCUGGCGAACCCGGUGUCGCUGGCCGUGUACCAGGACGUGCUGGACGCCUACAGCGUGCCCUUCACCUACCUGUCGGACACGCGCGUGUGGCUGGGCAUCAGCGACCAGGACACGGAGGGCUGGUUCUACUUCACGUCCGGGCGCGGGACGGCGACCGUGGAGCAGGUGGAUCUUAUCACGUGGGAAGACGCAUGGGACAGCAGCCAUUGGACGCAGGAUGGCAGCGGCCUGGACUGCGUGGCGGCGCAGCUGGGCACCGCCACGGCCGCGCUCACCACCGGCGCCUGGCUGGAAAUGGACUGCAGCACCCCACUGCCGUUCUUUUGCUCUGGGCCCACCGCCACCCUGACCAACGCGCCGCCGCCGGGUGCCGUGGCACCAGCGCCGCCGCCGCCGUACGCGGCAGUGGCGUACCCUGCCACGUCCGUGGUCGUGUCCUACGCCACCUACCGGCUGGUCUCGCCAACGGCCUCGACCUGGCUGGCCGCGCAGCAGGCGUGUGUGGGCCUGGGCGGCCACCUGGCGUCCUUCGCCUCGGCCGCGGAGUUGACAGCCGUCCGCGACGCGCUGGUGGCGGCGCUGGCCGCCUACUCGCCGCCCUACACCACCUCCUGGGCGCCGCUGUGGAUCGGGCUGUACGAGCGCAGCCUGUCGUACGGGGAGGACUGGCGCUGGUCGGACCGCAGCCCGCUCACCUUCUCGGGCUUUGGGCAGUACGAGCUGAACGCCGCCUCCAACCCGCCCACCACGCCCAACUGCGGCGCGCUGCACCUGGACCGGGCGGGCCAGUGGUCGGUGCAGGGCUGCGGCACGCAGCUGCAGUACCUGUGCAAGCUGGCCAACGUGGCCAACGCGCCGCCGCCCUCGCCGCCGCCGGCAGCGCCCGCCACCGCGCGGCAGCUGGCGUUCCGCUUCGCGGUGGGCGACCUCACGUACACGCUGGUGAUGCAGCCGCGCAGCUACGCCGCCGCCAACCGCUACUGCGGCUCGCUGGACCCGGGGGGCACGCUAGCGGUGCCGGCGGACGCGCGGGAGUACAUGGACGUCAUGUCGCAGGUGUACCUCUACCUGUCCAGCGACCCCGCCGCCGCGGGCGGAUCGGCGCUGGCGCCGCCGCCCGCGGCCUCCCCGCCGCCCUGGCCGCCCGCGCAGGUGGUGAGCGCGCUGCCGUCCCAGGCGGGCGAGGCGCCGUUCUGGAUUGGCAUCCGCUGGGUGGGCGCCGCCUCGGCGCUGGGCGACUUCACGCAGGUGGACGGCACCUCGCCGCCCACGUUCACGCAGUGGGCCGCCGGCGUGUACACCGGGCCGCGGCCGGUGCUGGCGUGCGCCUCGGUGGACCCCACCGCCGGCUUCCAGUACGUGCCGGCCGGCUGCGGCGUGCAGCUGCCCGCGCUGUGCCGCGCCGCCACCGCCGACAACGCCAUCGCGCCGCCGCCGUCGCCGCCAUCCCCCGCGCCGCCGCCGCCCGCCGCCACCGCGGUGCAGACGCGCGUGGGGCUGUACCUGUACUCGCUGUACAACGAGGCGGCGCUGACGUACCCGGAGGCGGCGGCGUACUGCCGCGCCGGCGGCGGCUACCUGGCCUCCUUCCACUCGCUGGCGGAGUUCAACGCGGUGUGGAGCUACAUGACCACCACCGCCACGGCGCUGGCGGCGGGCGAUGCCAGCGUGUGGAUUGGCUAUGACGAGAUCGGCCGCAAUGAGACGCUGCUGCGCUGGCUGGACGGCGGCCCCGCGGCGUGGACCCACUUCGGGCUGCCGUACACGGACACGGAGGGCAACGACUGCGCCGCGGUGGACCAGCUGUGGGGCGGGCAGUGGGUGAUGGACGACUGCUUGGAGCCGCGCCCCUUCAUCUGCAAGCGGCUCCUGGGCAUCAGCGCCGACCCCGCGCCGCCGCCGGCCGCCGUGGCCGCCUCGCCGCCGCCACUGGCAUCACUGCCGGCGCUGCGCAACGUGACGGUGGCGGGCGUGCUGUACCAGUACGUGGCCUCGCCCGCGCUCAGCUACGAGGCGGCGGACGCGGCCUGCACGCAGUACUACGGCGUGUUGGCCUGGUUCGCGUCCGCGUCCGAGUUCAACGCCGUCAUGUUGGCGCUGCAGGCGGACGUGGCGGGGCUGUACGACCCGUCCGUGUGGUUCGGGCUGUACCGCAGCUACGCCAACAGCGCCGACUGGUUCUGGUACGGCAACACCACGCUCAACGGCACGGCCAUGGCCGACCCCGCCCAGUUCCUGUUCAACCCGACCUCGGCCGCCUGCGCCGCGCUGGGCACGUCGCUCAACUACCAGCCCGACAACUGGGGCGGCGACCAGCGCUGCGUGGCCGCCUCCGUGCUGGACGCCGGCGGCGGCAGCUACUGCUACCGCUGGGACGACCGCGCCUGCGACCAGCGGCUGGGCUUCAUCUGCCGCGUGGACGACCGCAUGCCGCUAGCGCCCUCGGAGCCGCAGCAGCCGCCCUCGCCACCGGGGCUGCCGCCGCUGCCGCCCUCGCCGGCGCCGCCGGGGCCCGACCCCGACCCGCCCUCGCCGCCGGCGCCGUCCGACCCCCACGCGCCGCCAUUCCCGCCGGCACCCUUCGUGCCCGGGGAGCCAGCGGCGCCGCCACAAAAGCCGCCAACACCGCCACCGGCGCCGCCAGGGUCAGACUUCUGGUCGGCACCAUGGGAGCCGCCCUCGCGGCCCGCGACACCGGACCCGUUUCCGCCGCCGCCCCCACCGCCACCUCCGCCGCCUGCACUGCCGCCGCCGGGGCUGCCCCCGCCGCCUCCGCCGCCGCCUCCUCCCCCGCCGCCGCCACCGCAGCACCCCGACCUGCCGUUUGCGCCCGGCGAGCCCUUCUACCCGGACCCCCCAGAGGCCCCGCCACCGCCCAGCUUUGAGAGCGGCGUCCCACCGCCACCGCCGCCGCCACCACCGCCGCCGCCGCCUCAUGCACCGCCGCUGCCGCCCUCGCAGCCGGGCACACCCAGCGCGCCGGCCGCACCGUCGCAACCGGGGGUACCUUCUGUCCAGCCAGAUGCGCCGCCGCCAGGCCUUCCUGGUGCGCCGCCGCCACCUCCGCCUCCGCCGCCUCCGCCUCCACCUGGCGUGCCGCCUACCGCCUCUGCUCCGGGCGCUCCUCCGCCGCCACCGCCUCCCCCUCCGCCGCCCGGUGCUCCUGAUCAGCCCGCUGCGCCGCUGGCCCCACGCCCCGACACGCAGUCUCCGGGCGCGCCACCUCCGGCGCUUCCGGGUGCCCCGCCGCCGCCACCUCCCCCACCGCCGCCGCCGCCUCCUGGCGUGCCGCCUACGGCUGGUGCCCCCGGUGCUCCUCCUCCGCCGCCGCCGCCGCCCCCGCCUCCGGGGUCGCCUGAUCAGCCGUCGGCGCCGGCUGCACCCUCAGUGCCUGCAGCUCCCCAGCCAUCCCCACCUGCUGAGGACAGCACUGGUGCUGUGCCGCCACCGCCGCCGCCUCCCCCGCCGCCGCCGCCGCCCCAGACGCCGCCAGCACCGCCCGCCGGAACUGCUGCCUCUCCGCCUCCUCCUCCGCCUCCUCCUCCACCUCCCGGCUCGCCUGAUCAGCCGUCGGCGCCUGCAACCCCUGCCGCUCCGGCAGUUCCAUCCCCGCCUGUGCCUGCGCCUGACACGUACACAGCGCCUCCGCCCCCACCUCCGCCUCCUCCGCCUCCGCCUCCGGGUACUCCCCCUUCGGGGCAACCCACUGAGCCCCAGGCCCCGCCUCCCCCGCCUCCGCCUCCUCCUCCUCCAGGCACACCCAGCGCACCGGCCGCACCAUCGCAGCCGUCCACUCCUGCUGCCAAGGUCGAUUCCCCACCACCAGGCCUACCGGACGCGCCUCCUCCGCCACCGCCUCCGCCCCCUCCGCCUCCGCCUGGCGUGCCGCCUGCCGCCUCUGCUCCGGGCGCUCCUCCGCCGCCACCGCCGCCUCCACCUCCGCCCGGUGCUCCUGAUCAGCCCGCUACGCCGCUGGCCCCACGCCCCGACACGCAGACUCCGGGCGCGCCACCUCCGGCGCUUCCGGGUGCCCCGCCGCCGCCACCUCCCCCACCGCCGCCGCCGCCUCCCGGCAUGCCGCCUACGGCUGGUGCCCCCGGUGCUCCUCCUCCGCCGCCGCCGCCGCCCCCGCCUCCGGGGUCGCCUGAUCAGCCGUCGGCGCCGGCCGCACCCUCAGUGCCUGCAGCUCCCCAGCCGUCCCCACCUGCUGAGGACAGCACUGGUGCUGUGCCGCCACCGCCACCGCCUCCCCCGCCGCCGCCGCCGCCCCAGACGCCGCCAGCACAGCCCGCCGGAACUGCUGCCUCUCCGCCUCCUCCUCCGCCUCCUCCUCCACCUCCCGGCUCGCCUGAUCAGCCGUCGGCGCCUGCAACCCCUGCCGCUCCGGCAGUUCCAUCCCCGCCUGUGCCUGCGCCUGACACGUACACAGCCCCUCCGCCCCCACCUCCGCCUCCUCCGCCUCCACCUCCGGGUACUCCCCCUUCGGGGCAACCCACUGAGCCCCAGGCUCCGCCUCCCCCGCCUCCCCCGCCUCCUCCUCCAGGCACACCCAGCGCGCCGGCCGCACCAUCGCAGCCGUCCACUCCUGCUGCCAAGGUCGAUUCCCCACCACCAGGCCUACCGGACGCGCCCCCUCCGCCACCGCCUCCGCCUCCGCCACCUCCGCCUGGCGUGCCGCCUACCGCCACUGCUCCCGGUGCGCCUCCUCCUCCCCCGCCGCCGCCUCCGCCGCCCGGUGCUCCCGAUCAGCCCGCUGCACCAGCCCGGCCUGGGCCUGAUGCCCCUGCGGCACCGCCGCCUGCGCAGCCGGGAGCGCCGCCGCCGCCCCCACCCCCGCCGCCGCCGCCGCCUCCGAGCGUGCCGCCUCCUACCCCGGAUGCCGCCGCCGCCCCGCCGCCACCGCCUCCUCCACCGCCUCCUCCGGGCUCGCCCGACCAGCCCGCACAUCCCGCGACACCCAGCGUGCCGGCAGCGCCUCAGCCGCCUCCGGUAGACAAGGAGGACGCCGCCCCGCCGCCCCCUCCGCCCCCGCCUCCGCCUCCACCGCCGGGGGUCCCGGACGCACCAGUCACGACCCAGGCUCCUGCGGCGCCUCCCCCGCCACCUCCUCCUCCCCCACCCCCUGGAACCCCCACCAUGCCCGGCGCACCCACCAAGCCCGGAGCCCCACUGGCGCCGGAGCAGCCGGCUGAGCAUGCGCCUCCAGGCGCCCCGCCGCCCCCGCCUCCUCCGCCCCCGCCCCCGCCUCCAGAUGCCCCGCUGCCGCCUCCAGCCCGGGCUCCGGAUGCCCCUCCCCCGCCUCCUCCUCCGCCGCCUCCGCCCGGCGCGCCUGACGCGCCUGCUGCGCCUGCACAGCCCACUGCUUCCACACAGCCCGAUGCGCCGCCGCCGGCCCUGCCAGACGCCCCUCCCCCUCCGCCUCCCCCGCCGCCUCCACCUCCCCCUGGUGUUCCACCCAAGCCAGCUGCCGUGGACGCCCCGCCUCCCCCGCCUCCCCCGCCGCCUCCUCCUGGCUCUCCGGACCAGCCCGCAGCCCCAAUGUCGCCGGGCGCUCCGGGGCCCACGGCCCCGCCUCCGGCACACCCGGACGCACCUCCGCCUCCUCCUCCUCCACCACCCCCGCCGCCUCCGGGCGUGCCGCCGCCAGCGCCAGGGACAACACCUCCUCCUCCUCCCCCUCCACCCCCACCGCCGCCCCCGCAGACGCCAGCCAUGCCGGACGUCCCCUCUGAGGGCCAGCCUGCAGCGCCCAUCGCUCCAUCCCCGCCCGUGCAGGAGGAUGCGUCAGCACCGCCGCCUCCCCCGCCGCCUCCGCCGCCUCCCCCGCCUGGCACCCCUGCCGCGCCUCCGCAGGUCAGCGCACCCCAGGCGCCGCCUCCGCCGCCGCCUCCGCCGCCGCCGCCCGGCACCCCGGACGCGCCUGCCAUGCCAAGGCUGCCCGAUGCCCCCCUGACGCCAGGCGCAGUGCAGCAGCCUCCGGCCGCCCCGGGUCUUCCGCCUCCGCCGCCUCCACCGCCCCCGCCGCCACCACCGCAAGCGCCUCCAGUCCCUGGGAGCCCAAAUGCGGCCCCUCCACCGCCCCCGCCGCCCCCGCCGCCGCCCGGUGCUCCUGACCAGCCUGCUGCACCGGCCCGGCCCGGACCAGAUGCCCCUUCAGCGCCGCCGCCGCACCUCCCCGAUGCGCCUCCGCCUCCGCCGCCGCCCCCACCCCCGCCGCCUCCAGGCGUACCGCCUCCUAUCCCGGAUGCCGCCGCAGCUCCCCCGCCCCCGCCUCCUCCGCCUCCUCCUCCGGGGUCUCCGGACCGUCCUGCAGCCCCGGCAUCACCGGACGCCCCAGGGCCCACUGCCCCGCCGCCUGCACACCCGGAUACACCGCCUCCGCCCCCUCCACCCCCGCCGCCUCCGCCGCCGGACGCGCCGCCGUCGCCCCGCACGCAUCCUGGCAAGAAGGGCGAUGAUGACGCGUUUGCGCCGCCUCCGCCGCCCCCUCCACCGCCACCACCCGGAAUGCCUGACAUGCCGGCCGUGCCCUCGCAACCAGGCGCGCCCAUGCCGCCUGCCGCAGAGCAGGUGCCCGCAUCUCCGCCACGCCUGCCGCCGCCGCCACCUCCUCCCCCGCCGCCGCCGCCACCAACCACGCCGCCGCCCGAGCCGGACCACACAGCACCCGCUAGCCCGCCGCCGCCGCCACCUCCGCCACCGCCUCCUGGUACUCCUGAGAUGCCGUCGGUGCCGGCUACGCCAGAGGACGUAAGCGUCCUUCGGCCUGACGCCCCGCCGCCGUCCCUACCUGGUGCGCCGCCUCCCCCCCCACCGCCGCCGCCACCGCCGCCUCCUGGGGCCCCGCCGGCGUUGCCGCCACAGGACGCUUCACCACCACCGCCUCCGCCGCCGCCGCCGCCCCCUGGCACUCCGGACGCGCCCGCGGAUAUCAAGGACUGGAGCCAGCCCGACGCACCCGCCGCGCCGCCACCGGCCCUGCCGGAUGCGCCGCCGCCGCCACCACCGCCACCCCCUCCUCCUCCCCCUGGCGUGCCGCCGCCGACCCCUGUGGACGCGCCUCCCCCGCCGCCUCCCCCACCGCCUCCACCGCCCCCGAGCGUGCCACCACCGCCACUGCUGGACGUGGGUGUGCCAGACCUCCCGCCUUCGCCGCCGCCUCCUGACCAGCCGGGCGCGCCUCCUCCACCUCCGCCUCCACCGCCGCCCCCGCCUCCGGGCGUGCCGCCGCCGCUGGAAAGCCCGCCGCCGGACGCACCCCCGCCUCCGCCUCCACCGCCACCGCCGCCAGGCGCUCCGGCGAUGCCGACCGUGCCGACACAACCGGGAGCCCCACAGCCUCCCGAUGCCGCAGACGCGCCCGCUGUGCCGCCGGACCUGCCACCGCCUCCGCCUCCACCACCCCCGCCGCCGCCGCCGGCCAUACCGCCACCCACGCCCGACGCUGCGCUGUCACCCUUGCCUCCUCCUCCACCGCCGCCUCCACCGCCGCCGCCAGGGACACCCUUUACGCCGGACACUCCGGCGGACUGGAGUCAGCCUGACGCGCCAGCCGCGCCGCCGCCUGGCGAACCGAAUGCUCCCCCUCCACCGCCCCCGCCGCCGCCUCCGCCCCCGCCUGGGGCCCCGCCGGCGCAGCCUCCACAGGACGCCUCGCCGCCACCGCCUCCUCCGCCGCCGCCGCCCCCUGGCACUCCGGAUGCGCCCGCGGAUAUCAAGGACUGGAGCCAGCCCGACGCACCGGCCACGCCGCCGCCGGCCCUCCCGGAUGCGCCGCCGCCGCCACCGCCGCCACCGCCGCCGCCACCUCCUGGCGUGCCGCCGCCGACCCCUGUGGACGCGCCUCCCCCGCCGCCUCCCCCACCGCCUCCACCGCCGCCGGGCGCGCCACCACCGCCUGUGCUGGACGUGGGUGUUCCAGACCUCCCGCCUUCGCCGCCGCCUCCUGACCAGCCGGACAUGCCCAUGGUCCCGCGUGCGCCCAACGCGCCCAACGUGCCGUCACCACCGGCUCUGCCCGCCUCGCCGCCCGACCUUCCGCCGCCGCCGCCACCCCCGCCGCCCCCGCCGCCCCCCGGCUCGCCGGCCAGCCCUAUCCCGCUUGCUGUGUCUCCGCCUCCUCCUCCGCCACCUCCUCCGCCGCCUCCUCCAAGCACCCCCGAUACGCCCAGCCUGCCCAACCUGCCCCCAUCCUCGCCCAUGCCACCUGAGAUCAUCCCUCCGGAUGCACCGCCGCCGCCGCCACCUCCCCCGCCGCCGCCGCCACCGGAUGUGCCGCCGCCGGGCUCGCCACCCCUUGAGAGCCCGCCGCCGCCCCCGCCGCCUCCGCCGCCGCCUCCGGCGACUCCUGACGCGCCCGCGGAUAUCAAGGACUGGAGCCAGCCCGAUGCACCCGCUGCGCCGCCACCGGCCUUCCCGGAUGCGCCGCCGCCGCCACCGCCGCCGCCGCCUCCGCCUCCUCCCGGCGCUCCUCCACCGGUGCCCAAGGACUCGCCCCCGCCGCCGCCGCCCCCGCCACCACCACCGCCGCCGCCCGGCGUGCCUCCCACACCGGAGUUCGACCCUGGCGUGCCCGAGCUGCCUCCCUCGCCGCCGCCUCCAGACCAGCCCAGCGCGCCUCCCCCGCCGCCCCCACCCCCGCCGCCGCCCCCGCCCGGCUCGCCGCCGGGUGUUCCUGGGCUCCCGGACACACCUCCGCCUCCUCCUCCCCCUCCACCGCCUCCUGGCACUCCUGACAUGCCAACCCUACCCGGCGCCCCCGGCCCGCCGCCGCCUCCUCCGCCGCCGCCCCCGCCUGGCGCUCCCGCACGUGACCCGCCUCCUCCGCCCCCGCCUCCUCCGCCGCCGCCGCCCGGCAUGCCGCCUGGCUCGCCGUCGUCGCCGCUGCCGCCUCCGCCCCCGCCGCCGCCGCCGCCGCCUCCGGGUGCGCCGCCGCCUCCCAACAUGCCGCAGCAGCCGCCGCCCCUGGAGCCCGACAUGCCGCCGCCCGACUUCCCGUCGACAGCGCCGCCGCCGCCACCACCCCCACCGCCUCCACCUCCGCCGGGCGCGCCUCCGCCGCCUUCGCCUCCGCCGGACGCACCGCCUCCGCCACCUCCGCCACCACCACCGCCGCCGGAGCCGCCGCCGCCGAGUCUUGGAGUGCCACUGGCCCCGCUUGCCCCGGGCCUGCCCCCGCCGCCGCCCAGGCCUCGCCCGCCACCGCCCAAGCCGCGGCCACCCCCGCCUCCGCCACCCGACCUGCCGCCGUAUGCGCCUGACCCUCCCAUUCCGCAGUCGCCGCCUCCGCCGCCACCUCCACCUCCACCGCCUAUUCCGCCUCCUCCUCCUCCCCCGCCGCCUCCGCCGCCCCCUCCGCUGGCGCCCUCGCCGCCGCCCCCGCCCCCGCCGCCGCCCGAGCCCACCGCGCAGGUGGACCAGAUCCUGGGCGCGCAGCCGCCUCCGCCCCCGCCCCUCAACCUCACCGACGUGUCCCUCGCCAACAUCACUGGAGGCAGGACCACCACCGGCGACGCGGUGCCCGACGCGGUGACCAGCCAGCCAGGCAACACCUUCGACGUGGACGCGUACCGCCUGGUGCCGGUGGUGUUCGCCAACGUGACGGUGGUGGUGGACGCCUGGAUGCAGCCGCAGCUGUACGAAAAGCUGCGGCGGCGCGAGUUCGCGGACGUCAUGCGCCAGGUGCUGCCCUUCAGCCAGUACCUCAUCCGCGUGCGCGUCAACAAGCUCACGUGGCGCAUUGGCGACUACCUGACCGAGCAGCGCAACAGGACGCUCACGGCGCGCGGCUUCCCGCCACCCAGCCCGCCCGCGCCGCCGCGCGCGCCCGGCUCGCGGGCCUUGUCGCCGCCGCCGCCGCCGCCCCCGCCGCCGCCGUCCAAUGACACAUCCUAUCCGCGCAUGACCCUGUUCAUCCAGAUGUACGCGGAGAUGACCACGGAGGCGGACGUGCGCGCGGGCUUCGGCUCCGCCGCGCUGGUGUCGUCCUUCCAGUUCAGCCGCUUCCCCGUGUACGCGCUCAGCCUGGGCGCCACCUCCAUCACCUCCUACACCGUCUACACGCGCCGCCUCAACGUGACGGACAACCAGCCGCCCCAGCUGACGCUGCGCGGCCCGCCCGAGGUGUUCGUGCCGCUGUACGGCUCUUACAAGGAGCUGGGCGCCGCCGCCUACGACCUGCUGGACGGCACCAUCAACGACGACCUGGUCAUUAUCAACCUCAAGCGCUGGAACGAGAGCGAGUACUGCUGCGAGACCACCUUCCCCAUCGACACCUCGCAAGUCACCGAACCCGACAAGCCCUUCAUCGUCACCUACGAUGUGUUCGACUUCGUGUGGAACAGCGCGCCCACGGUGCAGCGCAAGGUGCACGUGUACGACCCCUGCGCCCAGGCCUCCAACGGCGUGGAGCGCACCUGCCCCGACACGCGGCUGUGCUCGGUGCUGGGCGGCGUGUGCGGCAGCGCCACCCUGUUCUCAGACAUCCGCGACCUGGCCACGCCGCUCACCGAGCCCGACCCCAACAACCCCGGCAUCACACUGGGCAUCCACACGCUGUCCUCCGACCCCGUCUACGACACCAUCAUCCCCAACCUGCAGCUGCUGCCCCUGGACGGGCUGUUCUUCGUCAUCCCGCCCAACCUGGACGGCACGCCGGGGCUGCAGGGCACCCUCACCUACCUCACGGUGGGCGACCCCUGGGUGGAGCCCGGCUACAUCGCCAACGACGACCGCGACGACAGCGUGCAGCAGCACGUGGUGCGCCGCUACGCCGAGCUGGUGGACACCACCGGGCCCACGCCGCCCAACACGCCCUUCGCCAUCACCUACGACGUCAAGGACGUGUCGGGCAACGCCGCCAUCACGCAGGUCCGGCUGGUGUUUGUGCUGUGCCCCGCCACGCUGCCAGUGCUGUGCCCGCCCGACGAGCGCGUCUUGGCGCGGCCGGUGUGGUACUGCGCGGCCGAAGUGUGUGGCGUGCCAGACUUCUUCACGAACGCGCUUGGGGGCGCGGCGGCUGUGCCUGCUGUCACCCGCAACACGGCGCCGGUGGUGCGGUUGCGCGACAACAAGUACCUGGUCACCAUCUUCGACAACGCCACGUACGCCAGGUGCCCCGACAGGGGUGACCCCACCGGGCCCUGCGACAGCGGCGUUACGGCCACGGACGCCGAAGACGGGGACAUCAGCUACAAGGUUCACGCCUUCUGUGCGGACGUGUCGACUGCUGGCGUGGACACGAUGUGGGAGGCGGUGGGCCUGGCCGCCUGCCAGUUUGGCAACGUGCUCAAGGCCGGCCGCCGCGUCAUUACCUACACCGUCACCGACACAGCCGGCGCCACCAGCCAAAUCAGCCGCACGCUGCUGGUCAUGCAGCGCUGCGAGGACGGAGAGGUGCAAUGCCCCGACGGGACCUGCACAGACUUCAACUGCUUCGACCCCAGCACCGUCAUCACCCUUACCUUGUUCGGAAACGGCACCGAUGACACCACCGGCAGUGGCUUGAACGUCACCGACGGUUCCAGCUUUGUCGACAGCUCCAACUUCACGACGUCCACUGUCAACGACAUCACGGGCGGUGGCAGCUCCAUCCUGACCGCCUUUGCCUCCGGCGCGCCGGUGGUGUCCAUCAACGAGCCGCCCGUCAUCGCGCUGCGCAAUUCCACGCUGCUGUCACAGACGGUGCAGGUGCCGCAGAACUUCGUGUGGCGCAACUGCCGCGCGAGCGAGGGCCCAAACCCCGCCACACUGUGCGAGCUGGGAGCGCAGGCGUUCGACCCGGAGGAGGGGAACCUGACCAACACGAUUUACGUCUGCCCGCCUGUUGCAUGCCUGGCAACAUGCUCACACCUCAACUGCGCCGGACACGAGUUUACGUCUAAGGGCGUGCGCGGUUGCGUGGAUACCGGAGCUGACCCGGGUAACAUCUUCAACGUCAUUUUCCUGGUCUGCGACAAUGGCGUGCCGCGCCAGUCGGCCCAGGUCACGCGCACCGUGCUCAUCGCCCGCAAGUGCGCGGCGGGCCUCUACGAGUGCGACGGAGUGUGCGAGACGGUGCCGUGCGCCGCCAAGGCCAAGGUGGCCCGCGACCAGGUGGUGAACAACACACUGCCGGCGCUGCGCCUGCUGCCGCCCGGCUCCUCAGCCGAGAACGCGCCCGUGUCCGCAGCCGGCGUGCCGCUGUCGCUGACGCAGAUCCUGACCUACGGCGUGCCCGCGCCCAUCAGCUUCAGCCCCUGCGCCUCAUACGACGCCAACGCCGCCUGCGCCGCCAUUGCCAUGGACGUCGAGGACGGCGACCUCACCUCCUUCAUCAAUGUGGUGGAUGCCACGGACUGCAGCGGCAAGACCCCCAACACCUGCCUGCGCUGCCGGCCCGAGCAGCUGUCGCUGGGCAAGUGCCUGCCGGGCACCUACCGCCUGCGCUACUUUGUGGAGGACAACAGCGGCGGCAUCAGCGAGGCGUUCUGGAACUUCAUCGUGGAGUCCGUCGCCGUCAACCGCGUGUGGUUCCUCAUGCCGCCCUCCUUCAACAUCUCGGCACCCGCCUCCAACUCCACCAACGCCACGCGCAGGUUCAUGGACCAGAUCCAGGUGAACGCCACGCGGAGCCGCGGCUUCCUGGUGGGCCAGCUGCAGCGCUUCGGUGUGGACCUGAAGGACGUCCGCUCCGCCAACGUCAGCAGCCUGGCGCUGGUCAACACCAACACUGACGAGGGGCAGUACGCCAUCAAUGCCGACUUCUGCAUCUGCAUGAUCAACGUCACGCUGGAGUUCACCACCGGCCUGCAAGUCAACUACACGGUGCCAGAGGUGUUUGAGAUCUUUGAGCCGGACAACUUCCCGCCGCCGCCGGGCAGGUUGCGGCCGCCGCCUGUGCCGCCCUCGCCGCCGCCUAGCCCCGCGCCGCGGCCGCCCAGCCCACCUGCGCCACCGCCGCCCAGCCCUGGUCCCAGCCCGCCGCCUGCGCCACCGGACCCGCCCAGCCCGCCUCCCACGCCGCCCUCCCCACCGCAGCCCCCCAGCCCGCCCCCGCCUCCCAGCCCCGCGCCCACGCCGCCCUCGCCGCCCGCGCCGCCGCCAGUCCCGCCAUCACCGGCGCCUCCUCGGCCGCCAGCUCCGCCCACGCCCCCCAGCCCGCCUGCUCCUCCCUCACCCCCGCUUCCCCCACCCAGCCCCGGCCCGCCGCCGGGCAACGGCAAUGCCGGCCGCCGCCUGAUCGACGGCACGCCCGCCGUUGCGCCUGCCAUUGCGCCAGCCAAUCGGGUCUGGUCCUGGGGCGAUGACUAUGAGAUGGGCGCGGUCUGGUCGCCGCCGCCGCCGCUGCAGCGCCUGUUCAACCAGUUGCGCCGCUCCAUGUCGGAGCCGGGUGCUGCUGCUGGCGCUGGUGCCGACGUGUCCGACUAUGACGACGACGGCGAUGGCGAGGCGGACUGGGCGCCCGUGCCGCCAGCCGACUACGAGGAGGAGGACCCCGAGCAGGACGUGAUGGUGGUGAGCGCCGCCGGCACACACGGCCCGGGGGACAGCGACGACAACCCGCUGCCGUGGGGCCUGUCCGCGGCCGCAUGGGGCGGCCCCGCCGUGGCGGGCGUGGCGCGCAAGGCCAGCGGUGCUGCUGGCGGAGGUAGUGGCGGGGCGCAGUCGGCGCCCGCGCCUGCUCCGUCCGUGCCUGUGCCGUCCUACCUGCACACCGCGCUGAUGCACGCCUCAGCGCCCUCCGAGGCGACCGGGCCCAUCGACCCGCUGCUCAGCGGCGCGGGCGGCCCCGGUUCUGCCGGAGCUGGCGCCAGUGCCGCCGGCGCCCCCUUGGCUAACACACUGGCGGCGGUGCUGGGUGCCGGGGAGAUCACGGCAGCUUCGUCGCUGUCCAUCGGCGCGCGCAUCUGGCAGCUGCAUGUGAAGCCCGCGCUGCAAAAGCAACAAGCCGCCGCCGCGCUGGCUGCACAGGCAGGCCCGCACCAGGGACUGCUGCCAGUGGCCACAGCUUUGUACGAGCCGUUUGGCGGCUUUGGUGGCGGUGCCGACACCGGCGCCUCUGGCCUGCUGGGCGCCGCCGCCGCCCAUCCCGCCGCCGGCUCCAAUGGCGCCGGCGGCGGCCUGGUGGGGCAAGUAGUGCGCGGCGAUGCCGCCAAGCUGCGUGCAAGUGUGGGCGUGCUGGGCAAGGUGUUCACACGCGAAGGCGAGCAGUGGGACCUGCCCGGCAGCGGAGCGCUGCGCCGUGCUGCGCUCGAGGAGGCCAGUCGCGCCGAGACCGCUGCCGCCGCUUCCGACCCCGCCGCCUCUGCUGCCGCCUCCGUGGCAGCAGCCGCGAUAGGUCCACGCAAGGGCCAGGGCAAAGGCUCGGUUGGUCAUGCUGCAACGGUUGAGGCGGCCGUGGCAAUGUUCUCGCCAGCGGCGCUGUCGCUGGUGACGGCCGACAGCCACCUCGACCCCCGCACCAUUAAGGGCGGCCCCGUCGGCGGCCUGGCUGACGACUUCAACCUGCAUGAGCUUAUGGGCUCCGCCAAGCCCCAGCCUGCUGCCAAGACCGAUGAUGCAGAUGCCGGCGCCGACGAGCCCAGCCGCCGCACGGUGGUCCGGACGCUGCUGUCGGAGCAGCUGGUGCCGGCGCUGGCAGAGAUCAGUCGCCGCCUAGAGCAGAGCCAGCGCGAGCUGGACGCCAUCCGCCUGUCGCCCACCGCGCUGGGCGUGGUGGAGCAGGUGGGCCGUCACGGCCGCAGCCGGCGGCGCCUGCUGCAGACCACCAGCGGCUCCGUGGCCAACCAGACUGCCUCGUGCGCGCCCGCCAUCAACGCCACCAACCUGGCCACCAACUGCACGGCGCCGCCGCCCACCACCACCGACAUGUACCUGGCCGUGACGCUGUCGCUCAUCGCCGACAUCGACAACGUCAACCGCGCGCUGUCCGCCAACAUGACAAACUCCACCGACACCAUCUCCGUGCUGGACGAGAAGUUCACGGCCACGGACGUCAAGUACGAGUCGCAGUACGUGGCCUACAAGAACCUGGCCACCACGUACCUGUCCGCGCUGGAGAAUCGCACCAACACCGUGAUCCUGAACCUGGCCGCGCUGGCGGCGGCCGACGCCACCAACAGCAUGCUGCUGAGCGCGUUGGCGGGGCUGCUCAAGGGCGCAGUGACCAGCGCGGCAGAGGAGGCGGACCGGCUGGGCAUCACCACGGCCAUGCUGGUGGACGGGCUGGGCUUGAGCGAGGAGAACUGGUUCUUCGAGAGCUACCAGCAAUGCCUCAUCCAGCGCAGCGGCAGCGGCACCACCUACAACUUUACCAUCAACCGGGAGCAGCAGGCGGCGCUGCGCUACGACCUGGAGACCGGCCGUGUGGCCGCGCCGCCGCCGCCGCCGCCUGCAAGGGCGGGCUUCACGCUGCUGCAGGCCACGCAGAUGGGCCGCGGCCGCAGCCUGCUGGGCUGGGGCAGCGAGCUGCUCUCCGCAGCAGCAGCCGGCGCCGGCCUGGGCUGGGCCGGGCUCGGGCCGGCGGACCCGCAGGACGACUCGGCCGCCUCCGCCGCCACCGGCAGCGGCUACCACGCGGUGCGCGACCGGCGGCUGCAAACCGGCACCGUGCCCAGCACCGUGUCGGCGGAGCUGCCGCAGGGCCUCACGCCGCGGCUGCAGUACGGCGGCUACGAGCUGGAGGUGGCGGCCGGCCGCCCGCCCGCCGGCCUGACCGUCACCUACGACUCGCGCGGCAUCCCCGAGCGCCGCCGCACCGCCGGCGCGCGCGGCAACCGCGUGGUGGGCGGGCUGAUGCUGCAUCAGGUGCGGCGGCGGCUGGACCAGGUGGUGCUGGGCCGCGACUCGGAGGCGUGCCAGUCCAAGUUCGGACCGUUGCGCGCCGAGUGCGUGCGCUCCAAGUACAGCACCAAGAACCUGCAGGACCUGGGCGGCAUCGGCGAGGACCCCGUCUUCGACCGCUCCUCCUCCAUCUACUCCCCUGACGUGGCCGGCCGCGCUUGGGCCUACUACAACUUCUCGGAGGGCAACUCGGAGAUCAGCACACUCAAGCUGCCCUUCGGCUUCACGCACUACCCGGUGCCGGGGCUGCCGGACGGCUACCCCGUGUUCUUCGACACGCGGCUGGGCGCCGACCGCGCGCGCAAGCUGCUGACGUAUCUGGAGGACGGCCGCUACCUCAGCCCCAUCUUCAGCUCCGAGCUGCGGCUGCGGCUGCUGGUGUACAAUCCCGACGCGCACGUGUUUGGCUACCUGCGCGCCGCGUGGGAUUGGGGCGGCGAUGGUGUGGUGCGGCUGCGGCAAUGGAUCGCGGCCAUCCCCGCCACGGACUACGGCAAGUUCAUCAGCGAGCACCAGUACUACAUGUUCAUACCCGACUGGAUCAUGGUGCUGUUCAUCCUGCUGCACCUGGCCUCCACGCUGCUGGACUGCGUGCGCGCGCUACAGCACCAGCGCCUGCUGCAGCGCGCCACCGAGGGCGAGCCGCUGGCUGGCCUCACCGCCGACGAGCUGUUCCGGCGCAAGCGGCGCGUCAAGAAGCGCUACACCUGGCGCAUGACGCCGUUCUGGGUGGCGUGGGAGGUGGCGUCCUGCCUGAUCCAGAUCGCGGCGCUGGUGGUGUUGUACUGGUUCGUUUUUGUGGCCAGUCCCGGCAUCCCCACCGCCACCACGUAUGACGUCUAUGACGCCGACGUAAAUGCGCCCGCGCGCUUCUUCAUGAUCAACAAGGACGAGCGCGGCUGGAACCCCUACCUGGCCUCCGUGCUGCAGGCCUUCCAGACGCGCUCCGACCUCAAGCCCACCAACGACACCAUCGACCUGGCCGCCACCGCCGCCGCUAUGGCGCCGCCGUCCAUGCCGCCGCGCGGCGGCGACUACCGCUGGCUGCUGCCAGACGACGUCAGCGGGCUGCAUGCGCUGGGCGACAUGUACUCCUACCUGGACAACAUGGAGUACCUGUGGAACCUGUACUUUGUGCUGCAGAGCCUGGUGCUGCUGAUGCUCAUGGUGCGGCUGAUGCACUACGUCUCCUUCCAGCCGCACCUGGCCGUCAUCGGCGGCGCCAUCGCGCGCGCCAUUCCCAUGCUGCUGUACUGGGCGGUGAUCGCCGGCAUGGUGGUGGUGAUGCUGCUCAUGCUCAACAUCAUUGCAUUCGGCGAUCGGCUGGAGCAGCUGUCCACCAUCUCCGGCUCCGCCUACGCGGUGGCGCGCUGGCUGCUCAUUAAGCACAGCGACCGGGGCAACCGCGCCACCAUCACCGAGAUGCUGAACGACAACACCGUCAUCCUGAACGGCGGCGAGAGCCUGGUGGCGGCGCUGGUGCGCGGCCUGGGCGCCAUCUUCAUCCUGUUCGUGCUGUACGCGUUCGUGUUCGCCAUCCUGCUGCGGCAGCAGCGCAUGCUGCGCCGCUGGCGCCACGCCGCGCCCACGGUGGGCGAGGACCUGCGGCACAUGUUCCGCUGGUGGGUGCAGCGCUCCUGGCGCGACGCGCCCUCCAACAAGCGCCUGGACCUCACCAUCGACUGGGUCACGCGGCCCGAGGUGCGCUACACCUGGGCCUACAGCGUGCUCUACAGCGCCGUCGUGCGCGGCGUGGCAGCGGUGGCGGGCGGAACCGCGCUGGCCAAGCGCCACCCCACGCAGCACCAAGCCGUCACCGAGCGCGCCGUGCUGCUGCCCGGCGGCCCGCCCGGCUUCAACUCGCCGGACGAGCCCGACCCGCGAUACUGCCCGCGCUACAACCUGCGCGCGAUGAUGAUGGUGUUUGAGGAGCUGCUGCUCGUCAACAAGGAGCUGCGCCGCGAGUUGUUUUUCUUCAUGCAGACCAACAACGAGGACGGCCGCACCAAGCGCAUGAAGGCCAUGGGCGCGCCGCGCCGCGCCGCCGCCGCCGCCGCGGUGAACGACGCGUCCGCACGCGCCAUGGCUGACAGCCUGGCCAGCCUGCUGCUGGAGCGGUUCGGCAAGCGCGUGCCGCGCCGCGCCGCGCGCAGCUUCGACGAGAUGAUGCACCAGCUGCGCAAGCGGCUGGGCACGCCCGCGGGCGGCAGCGGCAGCGCCGACGGCUCCGAGUUCAGCGGCUCGCUGGACGGCGGCAGCGCCCGCGGCGGGGACAGCGAGAACAGCGACGACGACAUGCUGCCCACGGGCGUGCGCGUGGGCAGCCUGAAGCACCGCGGCUAUGGCGUGCACAACCAGCAGACCGUGCACGACCUUCAGCUGCAGGCGGCGGUGCAGACCGCCAUGCGCAACAUCCACACCAUCCGCGAGAACAUGGGCCGCGAGCUGGGCGAUGACCCGCAGCUGCUGGCCACACUGUUCGUGGCGCAGUUCGCGGGCCAGAUCCCCGAGCCCGAGCGCCGCCCUCCCGGCGUGCGCCCCUCGCUCUACCGCCAGCGCGUGCAGCAGGCCGGCAGCGGCAACAGCCUGGUCAACGUGGGAGCCGGCAGCGCGCCCGCGCCGGCAGCGCCCGGCGGCCCGCCACGCCCUGGCCGCAGCCGGCUGGGCGGCGCGGCGAUGAUGGGGCAGUCACCGCAGGCCGCGCCGGCGCCGACUCAGGGCCCGGUGGCUGCAGUGCUGGACACCAACACGCCCGAGGGCAUGCUGACCAAGGCGCUGCAGGCCAUGCUGGCACCACCCUCCACCACCGCCAACGCUGCCGUGUCUGCCGACGGCACGGUGCCCGCCGAGGCCGAGGCCAGCAGCGCCUCCGUCACCGACGGCGCGCCACGCGCCCGGCCCCGGCCCAAGGGCGCCAAGAGCCGUGCCCGCUUCGCCGCUGACCUGGAGAUCCCUGGUAACACCACCAGCACCGCCGGUGAGGAGGCGCCAGCCUCUCCCGGCGUCGCCAGCCCAGGGGCCGUGGGCAGCCCCAGCGGCCGCCACAACUCUGUCAGCGGUCAGCUGGGCGGCUCUCGCACGGCGCGCAGCAUGCUGCCGCGGCACCUGCAGCCCGAGCCGCGUGCCGCCAGCUUCGCGCACCCCGCGCCUGCCACGCUGGGCUCUCUGGGCCAGCUGGGCAGUCCCAGCAGCGUGCGCUCCAGCCGCAGCAUGGUCAUGCCGGCCGGGUCCGGCUCAGCCUACUUCACGCCCUCCGCGUCCAUGGGCGGCGCCGCCGGCGCUGCCACUGCGCCGGGCGGCCCCACCGCCAGCACAGGCGGCACCGACAGUGGUGCCGCGCCGCAACCCGAGCCGCUCACCAUCCGGCGGCCGCAGAUUCAUAAGAUGCGCUCCUUGGGCGCCGCGGCCGCCGUGGCCGGACGCAUGCGUAGCUUCGUGAGCGGCGCGCCCGGCGAGAUCACGCCGGCUUCUCCCACAGGCGCGACGUCCAUGUCGGCGGCCGCCGCCGCUGCCAGCCUCAUCACGUCGCCCGGCUCCUACGGCCGCAGCGGCGGCAGCACCAGCAUGGCGCGGAGCGGCGUGGCCACGCCCCGCGGCGACCUGGUGUCGGCUCAGAUCUCGGCCCUGCCGCUGGACGGCACCAUCAUCUUCGCCACCUCGGCGGCGGUGGUGCAGCGCCUCACCAGCCACGUGCUGCAGCUGCUGCGUGAGCUGCGCGGCGUGCAGGCGGACGCGGACGCCAUGCUGCGCAGCACCCUGGUCCUCAUCGAGCGCCUGUCCGCCGGCAGCGUGCCCUUCCCGCGCCGCGCCGCGCGCAUGGUGCCCGGCGUGAUGGGCUCGCCCGCCAGCAGCCCGCCCGUGUCGCCGCAGAACGAGAAGCCGCCGGGAUGGGAGGACGCGGCGGUGGCGCGUGUGGCCGCCGCCAACGCCGCCGCCGCGGCGCAGCGCGCUGCGGUGGGCACAGCCAGCCCGCGCCUGGGCUCCUCGCUGCGGGUGCGUGUGGAGGAUGGCGCUGGCGGCGCGGCGCACGGCCACGGUGCGGCGGGCGCGAACGUGGACGACGGCGAGGACAUGCUCCCGCUGCCGCCGCCGCCCGCCCUGCGCGGCGUCGACAGCUACACCGCCAGCCCUCGCAGCCUGGCGGCGCUGCAGGCGGCGCGCGGCGCGGCCGGACCCUUGUCCGGCCUGCUCACGCCGCCCACGCCCACGCCCGAAGCCUCCCCCGAGAAGGCUUUGCCGCCGGCUGCUGCCAAGUCAGCGGAACCGGCGCAGGCUGAGGAGGCGCCUGCGGGCGAGUCGCGCGUAGUGUCCCGCGCCGCUUCGCAGGCAGGCAUGAAGCCGGUGGAUGAGAUGCGCGAGGUGGAGCCGGAGCCGGAGCUAGUCACCUUUAUGGUGCAGUCAGGCAUGAAGAGCCGCGCCGCAGGCGAUGCCGCUGCGCUGGCAGCGGCCGCGCUGGCCGCCGAGGAGGAUGAGCGGCGCGAGCGCGAGGCUCUGGCGGCGUCCGAGGGCCUGGACAGCCUGGCGCCGCCGCCCGGCACCAGCAGCAGCAGCGGCCAGGUGCAUGUGCCGGCGCCGUAUGGCCCGGUGGAGUACGGCGCUGCGCCGCACAUUGCGCGGCUGGAGAUGGCCGGCAUGCGCCCCAGCAGCGGAGCCAGCCAGUCGUCGGACCCGGCCAUUAAGGUUCUAUCGCCAGCGAGCGAGGCCCACCGCCGCGCCAGCACGCCCAAGUCGUCGCACGGCUCACGCGUGGGCUCGCCGCUGCUACCCACCGAGGCCAUCCGGCGGCUGUCGCCCGAGACCUCCAACCUCAGCCGCCCGGGCUCCGCUGCUGUCGUGGACGCCGCCCCAGCGCGCGAGGCGCCGGAGGAGGCGAGCGCGAGGCGCAACCUGCCCCUGCCCUCGCCCCAGGGCGGCUCGCGCCCUGCCUCCGUGCAGCGUGACGAGCAAGGUGUGGAGGUUCUGGCACUGCCGGACACCGUGCCUGAGGGCCAGGAGGCGGAGGCGGGCGGCCCGAUGGACGAACCGGUGCAGGGCGAGGGCGAGGAGGGCGAGCACGGCGCCCUGGAGGCGUCCCGCUCCCUGGGCCGCCAGCCCAGCCGCAUCGCCUUCUCCGAGUCGUCCAUGCGCGUGCGGGCCGAGGACCAGGAGGAGGACGACGAGCUGGACGAGCCGCCCUCGGCCACGGCUGCUGCGGGUGCUGGGCCUGCGCAAGCAUCGGAGCCACAGGCGCCGCCGCGCGCCGGCUACAUCCCGCCGCCCUCGCGCGAGCCGGCCAUGCAGUCGGAGCCGCUGGAGGGCACGCGGCCCAUGCGGCCCUCUCGCUCCGUGCGGCUGGUGGGUGUGCCGCCGCCGCCACCGCCCGGCGGCGUGCCCGCGCCUGUCCGCCGCCGCGCCCUGGCGUCUCAGGCCAGCCUGGCCGGCACCACGUCUCAGGCCAGCCUGGGCGCCGAGGCCAGCACUGGCGAGGGCCUGGUGGCGCCGCCGCAGGUGCUCACGCCCGAGGAGGCGCUGUCGGUCAUCUCGCAGGCGCUGGGCACCAGUGCACCCAGGCCCAUCGGCAAGCCCGCCACGCGCCACGUGCAGCUCCCGCCCGACGUCGAGCGGCGCCAGUCGCAGCUGGCCAAGCAGCAGGAGCUGCUGGCGGCGGCGCAGGCGGCUGUCGCGAUGCGCCGCAUGGCUUCCAACGCCAACAGCCGCGUUGGCAGCCGCGCAACCAGCUUCUCCGCGGCCGCCGCGCCCGGCGCCGCGGGCCUGGGCUUGCAGUCCAUGGACUCGACCGGCUCCGGCGCCGCCACGGACGCACCUGGCGGCGGCGCAGGCCCCAGCACUUCAUCUGCCAUUCCGCCGCCGCCCGGUCGCGCCGCGGCCUCACCGCUGCGCCCCGGCCGCCGCGCGCUGCUGGCGUCGGCGCAGUCCGGCGCCGGCUUCGGCCUGGACGCGGCGCCGGGCGAGGAGCCCAGCAACGCCGUCCAGAUGGCUGCUGCGGCUCUGGAGCGCAAGCAGGCGGAGGAGGCGGCCAGCAAGGCCUACGUUGACGAGCUGAUGAACCGCAUGCGCAGCGGCAUGUCCGCCACCGGGGAGCGCCUGGCGCUGUCCGGGCGCCUGGGCUCCGCCGCCGGGCCCUCGGGCGCCGCAAGCCCUGCCUUGGGCGCCGCCGGGGGCGGCAGCCGGCAGGACAGCCUGGCCGGCGAGGUUAGCCGCGGCAGCGCCGGCCUGCUGCAGCAGGAUUCGCUGUCGGGCACGAUGCAGCUGCGCCCGUCCGGGUCCAUUGUGGCGCCGCGUGGUGCGCCGCCCAUGGCGGCGUUCGGCUCGCUGCGCAAGCCGGGCACCGGCCGCAGCAGCCUCAACCUGCCGCCCAUGUCGCCGCUGGGCGCCACGCCGGCUGCCACUGGCAGCGGCGAGGGCGCCGGCAGCGGGCUGGGCCCCAUCGUGCCGCCGCCGCCGCUGUUUACCAAUGCCCCCGGUCGGCCGCAGCGUGUGAGCCAGCUGAUGGGCCAGGGCUCGCAGGGCAGCUUCGGCGCCGGGAGCCCCUCGGCGGCCCGCUCCGCGGCGGCGCAGGCGCAACUGUCAGCGUUCACUGGGGACCUGGAUGUGGAGGACUUUGACCUGGACUCGUUCGGAUCCAUGAGGCGAGCGCCCGCCGGCCCCACACCCAAGCGCCGUCAGGCUGGAGACGACGAGUAGGCACCGCGCCGUGCUUAGGCACGUGUCAGGUGCUGAGCGCGCGUAAGCUCCAGUGAGUGGAGCACAAGCGGAAGCUUGUGUGCGCGCAGUCAUAUGAGUGUACUAUGUUGUUUACGUAUUUUGUCGUGUGAAUGGCGUGCAUGGUUGGUUAUAUACGCGAGGUGUGUCGGUGUGGGGUGUUCGGGUGUGUGUCUUUGUGCUUGGUUGCAGUAAACUGGUGUGAUGACAUUGUGCGUCUCUAAUGACGUGGGAGGCGUGACCAGGCCCACACAUGUGCAUGGUCAUCAUUCAUUGAUUCGCGCCGCCGCAACCGGCCCCGCCAGCGUUGUGUAGGCCGGCAAUAAACGGGAUUUUGCUGUGGUUGUUCGCUGAAGGCACGUGGUUGCCUCGGACACCUUGUGACUUUUGGCUGAUGUGAAGCAGGCUUUGGGGACACAGGGUUGCGUACGUGCAGUGCUGACGUGCGUGCUGUGUCGCCAGGCCGCACCAGCUUGAUCGAUGCUGGUCGCGCAGCUCACCGGAUACUAUGACAUUGCAUGACACGAAACUCUGAUACGGUAGACGAGGCGCUUCCGGCCGGCUGCAGAUGAAGCGUGUCCGGGCAUGGCUUACUUGGUGUAGGAGAGGGAAAGCGAACCCACUUGAUUGGCCCCCGUGCAAGCACGGGCCGGGCACUGGCUACAGCACCUGGGGUGUUGGACUGGUUGGCGCGUUGCGCGGGUCAUCCGAGCUUAGUGUUUGAGAAUGCGGGCCGCUUGAAGCGCUGACCUGGUGACGCAGUGCGUGCAGGCCCCUACGCCAUUUUGCUCAAACAAAGAAUGAGAGCGUUCAGUAAGUGAUGUUGCACCUUGGCAUCAGCUGCAAAAGCUGAUGCAAGACGUGUGUGCACAGAACAGGCGUGCUGGGGUGCGGACCCACCCACAACAAGGAUUUGCGAUGAUAUUCAUGCGUGCCACGCACGAGUAUACUAUAAGUGUAAGCGUGUUUCUUG